AAAGCGUCUGAGGAGGAGGAGGAGGAGAAGGUGGCGGCGGUGGCGGUUGGUGGCUGCAGCCUCCCCCCCCGCCUGAGCUCAUGGCGCUGAGUUUCAGGAGAGGCCGGAAAGGCCCGUUUAAACAUAUAGCUCAUGGCCUGGUCCCUGCUGCUACCAUAGCUCCUAAACCUGCAGUUCCCCGCACCCCUCCCCCUCGUAGUCCAAACCCUUCUCCAGAGAGGCCCAGAUCCGCCUUGGCAGCAGCUAUUCUAGUGACAACAUUAACUGGACGUACUGUUGCUAUUCCUCAGCCUCGGCAGAGAUCACUCUCUGAGAGUGAUUCCACUUGUUUGGAACAAGAAGGCUUUGAGCCCUAUGCCACCAUCACAGAGCUCAGAAUGGGGCCCAAUUGGAAGCGGGAUGGGAGUGAAAGAUCACCUGUGCAGUCUCUGGAAGUGUCAGGCAAUUUUUGUGAGGACGAGGAUAUGGAUACUUAUCUUUCAGACAUAGAAAAGGAGCCAGAAGCCAGCUAUCAGGGUACAGAGAAAAGAAACGAAACCUUUAGCAACGAUGUCAUUUAUUCUGUUCCUUACAAAAAUAAACAGGAAAAGCUUCUAGCCUCUCCUGGCAUCGACAUGGGUGAGAAUGAAAUUUCCUCUCCUGAAACUGCAAUUCAAACAAUAGUAGACCAGUCAAAUGUACAAGUGGAAGAAGAUGAACUUCCUGCUUUGAUUUUAAAGGAGGAAAAAUUGUCAGUUGAAAAGCCACUAAGUGAAAAGCCUCCACCAUCCCCAGAUGUAUCUGCUCGGGCACGACAAGUGUGGAUGGGUAAAACUAAAGAGAAGUUCCAAGAACUAAAACAAGAAAACUGGUCUCUAAACAAUGCAAACCAGACCAUGUUGUGGCAAGUUGAGGAAUUAAAACAACAAAUGAAGGAACUGCAGGUAAAACUUAGGAGUCUGGAAAAAGAAAAUGGAAAACUUAAAGAAGCUGCAGAGAAGCCACAACGGGAAGAGGAAGUUGCAGAAUUGCUUUCAUUAAGACAACAAGCCCAGGAACUGGUGGAUGAAAAUGAUGGUUUGAAAAUGACCAUUCAUCGUUUGAAUGUAGAAUUGAGUCGUUAUCAAACUAAAUUCAGGCCAUUGUCUCAAGAAGAGAAUCUGCAAGUCAGAGGUCUGCCCCUGAAAGGACCACCACCCCCAUGGCUGUUGGAUAUGAAAUAUUUGUCACCUCUCCUGCUGGCAUAUGAAGACAGAAUGAGAGAAAAGGAUGAUUUAAACGUUGCGCAUGAGAAGGAGAUGAAGAAUUUUAGGGUACGAGUAGAAGAACUGGUGAAAGAAAAUGAGCAAUUGUACCAGCAGUUAAAUAAAAAUAGUGCUACUACCUCCAAGGAAUGGCAACAGCUACAAACUCAAGCCAAGCUGGUCUUGGAAGAAAAUGGAGUGUUGAUGAAACAGCUGGAAAUUCAACAAGCUAAAGCAAAAGACAAUCACAACCAACAUAUCCAAGAAGUUUCUAAAUUGACCAAACAAAUAAUGAUGUUGGAAGCUAAGAAACAGAGCCAGGAAGAGAAGAUAUCAGAGUACCAAAAGAAGCUGGAGGCUUUACAUGCUACAUGUAAAGAGCUGAAAGACAAGCUGAAUGGCAGAGUGACAGCAGAGAAGCAUUCUGCUUUGGUGAAUGAGUUAAAAAGUCAGUUACAACAGGAAGAGGAAAACCGAAGUGCUGAGCUGAAGGAUCUAAUGGAAAAGCUAGUAACACUGCAAGCACACAAUAAGAGCUUGCUUUUAGAGAAAAAUGAGUUGGUGGCUGACAACAAAAUCCUUGGAGCUGAGCUGGAAACAGCACAGAAGACAAACAGGCGAUCACAGAAGAAAAUAAGACUUCUGAAAGAGCAGUUAGAAGAAACUAUGGAAAAGGAAGUGGCAGCCCACCAAUACCUAGCAAACCUUAUCAGUCUGGCAGAAAAUACAGUUCAGGAACGGGAUCAUCUUAUACUUUUGGCUAAGUGCUUGGAAAAUGAGAAGCAUGGUGUUCUCGACAAAAUAAUAGAAGGAAAUGUACGCUUAGGAAGACUAGAAGAGAAAGUUAAGUCCUCACCAGUGUCCAUAACUAUAUGGGCCUUUUUCUCUGGAAGAUGCACAUUUCUAACCUGAAGAUGAAAAUCUGCUCUUACAGAAUAAUGAACUGCUUUGUCAAGGACUUGCUUCUGAUAUGAAGGAAGGCAAAGACGACACCAAGAAGCUCCAGUGUACCCGUGAUCCUUGAUUUCUUACAAGCCAAAAUGAAUCUUGAGUUUCAAACCAUCUGAUAGGCCCCCUCUACACUGACAUGUAUUGCACAAUUAACUGAAGACCAGCUACAUGUGCAAAGGAGCUAUCACACAAUAAAAAACUCCAACCACCUAUAAAGUUAGACCUCAAAAAUGUGUACUAACCUCAUAGUUGCUUGCUCUCAAGCUUUAAUUUGUAUGUUGGCAGGGAUCCCAACCACACAGGUGCACCAUGCCCAGUGUAAAACCUCCAGGUCUUGGGGAUUGAGGCUACCAUGAUCCCUUGGGCUAAGGGGUGCAAGAAACCACUGGGGCUGGAGGAUCACCACAGGGUGAUUCCCCCUGUUCUGAGAGUGCAGGUAACCCCUGGGGCCAGAGGAUCACCACUGUGGGGUACAUGGGCUGCCCCCAUGCUGAUAGUCUCUCAACUGGGGCACAUGGGGAUUUAGUUCCCUUUGUGCUGGCAAUAAGGAGCGUAGCAGGAAGCAAGAUUGUGGAAUCAAGCAUUAGAUCCCAUCAUACCUUCACCUACAUAUGUUAGAGGGGGCUAUAAAGACAGGCAGGUAUUAAAGCUUAUGAAUGUUCUCUAUGUCUCUUGAAUCAUUCUCUGGUUUCGCCAAGCAGCAAGACUGGCAAAAACAGUGAGACUGUCUUUAUAAAUGUAACAGUUUCUGUUAUCAUAGCACUUGCAGCUCAGUGAUCUUCAAUCUAUGGUAUCCCUCACUUUUCUUCUUCAAAAUUAAUGCAUUUUCCUCCAUCUAUUAUGUCCCUGUAGCCAUUAUUCAGAGUCAGGAUACCUGUCUGCAAUUAAGCAUGAUAUUGAACUUGUCUUUAGGACUCCAUUUCAAAAGCAAUUGAACUCUCAUAUGAAAUUAACGAAAUAAACCACCAUUACAUGAAGGUGAUGGUUCUGGUUUCUGUACAAGUGCUAAUUAUUUUCUAGGAAGAUGCUUGUAGAAACUUUGUCUUUGAAUCAAGCCAAGCCACAGGUCCUCAAUAAAGACCCCAAAAACACUAGUACACAGAUUAUGUGCACACUAUUCUUAAGGGUAUUUAGUUUCAUUUUUAAAUGAACAGCUUAUUUAUUAUUACUGUUACGCCUGCUCUUCCAGCCCCCAAAUAUUUCUAUUUUUGCUCAAACUUUCAAAAAAAAUCUCCCUGUCAGGCAAAGAUACCUGAAGAAUUGUCACAUUGAAAGUGACUUACAGAAAUCAAAGUGUAUUUUAUCACAACACGCUAGCAGGUGUCUCUUAGAAUGUGUGUCUUUUGGUUCUGCACAGAAAUGCAAUAGGCAGGUCUGAGGGCUGAAUGAUAUGUUCAGAUUGACAACUUUGUCUAACUGAGUUACUGUGGAAUAACAAAAAUGACAGCACUUCUAUAAAACAUAGCAGUUUUGUGAUUCAGAAGACAUGUUUUUACUUUCAGAUACAGAAAAUCAGGAGUUGGCAAAUAUAUACUGAAACGAUGUGCGCAUUAGAAGAAAUUCUAAUAUUUAUUCCAACACAAAUCCGUUCUUAUGCUUGUAGGGCCAGACUUUCAACAACAGACCUUUAUAUAGGAACCAUGUCUGAGGGCAUGCAUCAGUCAGGUUUUGUUCGUGCAAAUUCUGACUUGCAUAGUGACAGCAACUUUCAGAAAUUAAAAGUUCUGUCAGUAUUUGUGCUGUACCAUGGAGUGAAUGACCAUCAUAUAUAUACCAUGGAUCUAUCUGCCAUUCUCUUAUAGAUUAUGUUUGUAUUGGAAGUUUUAAUAUUUAAGUACAAACUAAUUCAACUACAGUUAUAAGUAGGGACCUACUUAAAUUGCAGCAAGACACGUUUUUUGCAGCCCUCUCUCAGCACACAGAGCUGAUUUUGUGGUGGCCCCGCCCCUUGGCACUAAUUGGCAGAGAGGCCCAGGGGGGAGACCACCAUCUUGAUUGCUGGCUGCUCUUCCUCAGCACUGGUUGUCAGUGGCGCUGGCAGGGGGAGGAGGGAUGAGGGGGCAGCUGCCAUUUUGCCCACUGUCCUUCAUGCGGCCCUGCCAGCUGGUGCCUUUCCCUCUUGGCAGUGAGGACCAGUGGCUCCCACUUGGGGAGCCAGCAUUUUAUUUUUAUUAAGGGUUGGGGGGUUUUUUAAUUGUUUUUAUUUUGUGGACAAUCCCGGAUUUCACGGUUUCCACAAAAUCUGUGAAACCAAGAAUUAAGUAGGUCCCUAGCUAUAAGGCUAGUGUGGAGAAGGCGAACAAAUAGGUACCUUUAGAAGUUAAGCAUUAAGUUGAAUUAGGAUGAAUAAACUUGACUUUCUCCAAUGCAUGUUAAAAAGACAAUGUAUGUUUUUGGUUCUAUGUAGCAGUUACAAUUUUACUUGUAACUUCAUUUUAUUUGACAUAUUUUCUUUAAAAAGAAAUGAGAUGUAAAAGUAUAUUUGCAUUUGAAAUACUGAAACCCCAUAUCAGAAUUUCUAUAAGGAAGGUUAACUCAGUUGUAUUUCACGUACUGUGGAUUGGAUCAGUCAUGUAACAUUCGUGGUGUGGACUAUUUUGUAUAACAAUACUAUCUCAAGUAUUUUCAAGGAGGCUGAGUUGAUUGAUUUACCAAUCUUAACUUUUCAAACCAACUAACUAAAGCUAAUUAACUUUAGGUCACACCCUUACUUUUACUUAAUGAGCCAUCUUGUUGGCUAUGCUGAAUUUCUUCAUUAUUUAGGUACAUUAGUAAAUAUACAAGAGACCGGGGCCUCAGUUUACUGCAUUUAAUAAUACUAAUGCUUUAUUGUUGGACAACAACAUUUGCCCACAGAUCAAAGCUAAUUUACACAAUUAUUUAAUUCCUCUGUUAUCUGAAUUUAGUAGUGUGAGGGGCUAUAAAAUGUCUAACAGAACAGAAGUCUGGUGAUGGAACAUAAUGGAUCCCUCAAGAACAACGCAGAUGUUUAAAUUUAUGUACCUUUUAAAUCCCGAUUUUAGGAUGAAUCUGCAAGGUAGCAAAGGUAACAAACUGUCCAUAUAACAACCUCAAAACAAAAACUUGUCUACUAGUUCUAGUGUUGCAGUGGUGCUCAGAGGGAUUAUUUUUCACAAAAAAGAAAUCAGUCUCUAAAUUGUUUGCUGAGAAAAUAUAAAUUCAGCAUUGCAAAAUUUAUCUCCAGUUUAUAGAAAUUU